AUGACCGUUCUCGAUCAGCGUGAUGCUGUCCCUAGCCGAUUCGUCAAGGCGGAUACGACAGAUCCUCAGGCUAAUCUGAAUUUCCGGAUUGGUCUCAUGCCAACUGAUAUCGCUGGCCUCGAGAAAGCCUUGUACGCUGUCAGUGAACCGGAUAGCGAUCUAUACGGGCAACAUCUUAGCUUCGAUGAGGUCAAAGCAUUCAGCGCGCCAACUUCAGGAGCAGUAACUGCCGUUACUGAGUGGCUUUCCGAUAACGGGAUCACCGAUGUCAAAACCAGCGGCGCGUUCGAUGACUGGCUGACAUUCACAAUUCCUGUCGAAAAAGCCAACACGCUCCUCAGCGCCCAGUACGAAACUUUUGUCCAUAUCGAAACAGGGCAACAGUUUAUCCGUACCAUGAGCGCUUCGAUACCUUCAGACCUGACCGACUUUAUCGAGGUUGUGCAUCCUACGACAUCUUUUGCGAAACCGACCUUUGGCCCGAAACCCAUGAUGUCCAUUCCUGUGACGGCUAACCUUACGGAGCGAGCAAAUCCAGCUCCUUCGUCAUGCAACAGUAUCGUCACACCCGCAUGUCUGCAAGCUCUCUAUGGCAUUCCCGCGACUCCCGCUACGCAAUCGACUAAUCGAUUGGGGGUUUCUGGCUUCAUCGAUCAGUUCGCUCAGGAGGCAGAUCUUCAAACGUUCUUGCGCGCCUUGAGGCCUGACAUACCGUCAACGACGACUUUUACUCUACAGACUCUCGAUGGUGGUCGGAACCCUCAGGGCCGGAAUGAGGCCGGAAUUGAGGCCGAUCUCGACAUUCAAUACACUAUUGGUGUUGCCACUCAUGUUCCAACCUUUUUCAUCUCUGUCGGCGACGCUUCAACAGACGGCAUCGAUGGUUUCCUCGAUAUCAUCAACUUCCUUCUUGCCGAAACUAGCCCGCCUCAAGUCUUGACAACGAGCUACGGUUUCGACGAGACGGACCUUCCGGCCAGUGCUGAAAUACGCUUGUGCAAUGCCUACAUGGCCCUCGGUGCUCGGGGCGUGUCGAUUCUCUUUGCAUCAGGCGACGGUGGUGUAGGGGGCGGCCAGCAAGGGGAAAAUUGCACGACCUUUAUUCCUGCAUUCCCUGGAGGUUGCCCGUUCCACACUGCUGUAGGCGCAACAGAGGGUAUAACCGAGACUUCCGCGAGUUUCAGCAGCGGUGGUUUUUCCAACGUUUUUGCCCGUCCGUCCUACCAAGAUUCGGCUGUCACCGCCUACCUCGCCGCACUGGGUAACACCAAUGCCGGAAGGUUCAACACCUCUGGCCGAGCAUUCCCCGAUGUAUCGGCGCAAGGCAAUGACGUUGAGAUCGUGGUUGGAGGAGAAGCAGGCCUGGUUGGUGGAACCUCAUGCUCGAGCCCUAUCUUUGCCAGUGUCGUGUCCCUUAUCAACGAUCGACUAAUUGCAGCAGGGAAACCGGUACUCGGCUUUUUGAACCCCUUCUUGUACGCGAACCCCAAGGCGCUCUUCGAUAUCACUACCGGUGAUAACCCGGGAUGCGGUACUAAUGGUUUUCCGGCAGGAGUUGGUUGGGAUCCCGUCACGGGUCUCGGUACACCUAACUUUGCUGCGUUGUUGGCAGCGGUAGGCUUAUAA